GAUGCAGCGUCGAGGACCAGGUUGUAGGACGUGCGUCGUCGGAUCGGCGCGCCGUCGUCUUCGCAUUCGAGGUCGCAUCGUCUGGUCGUAGGGGACCAAUGUCCGCGCCAGACGCUGCGAACGUAAUGGGCCAUCUGGGCGACGUCACUCGCCCAUUUCCACUGAAUUCGACGCGCAUGCGCUUUGUCAGUAACCGAGACCGCGACGACGCCGCCUCCACAGACGACUACGACCCACUCAAGACGCCAUCGCAGAUCCUCGACGACAGCCAGCACUACUACGACGGCGGCGCGAUCCGGCCGGGCGGGCCACCGAAAUACACAAGUCCAGAGAUCGUGGCGCUGCUGUCGCAGUACGUCGCGGUCGGUCUCCUCUACGGCGCGCUGCCCAACCUGGCGUAUCCGCUCUUCACAGCGUACUUUCACCUGACGGGCGCGCAGUACAACUCGGCGACCGCACUCGUCUCGUUCGGGUGGACGCUCAAAGUGUUUGUCGGGAUGUUGUCCGACUGCGUGCCGAUCUGCGGCUACCGUCGCAAGUCGUGGAUGAUGAUCGGAUGGUCGCUGUGCUGUACGUGCAUGGCCGUGCUGAGCGUAAUGGACCACGGCCCGUCGUACGCGGCGCUCCCCGCGACGUUGGAUGCCGUGCCUGCCAACAUGGAGGACCGCGGCGCACGGGUCGCGGUUCUGUUUGCAGCGGCCACCAUCAGCUACAUCAUUGCCGACGUUCCAGCCGAUGCGCUCGUGGUGGAAGUCGCGCAGCGUGAACCGAUGGCGUCCCGAGGACGCAUGCAAUCGCUCAUCUACACGACGCGGACCGUGUCGUCCAUCUUUUCGCAGAUCGUGAUUGGCGUGUGCCUCAACUCGCCCAACUACGGCGGCAACUUUUCGUGGGACAUGGGAAUGAAUUCGUUGUUUAUCAUGUUGGCCGUCGCGAGCGCGCUCAUGGUCCCGAUCUCGUUCUUCUUUGUCCAGGACAUCAAGCAGAACGGCGUGUACUUCUCGGGGUACGUGCGGCAGUUUUGGGAGCUCGUCCAGCGCCGCGCGACGUGGCAGGUCAUGCUGUUCAACUUUUUCUUCAACCUGUUUGCGUCGGGGAUUUCGUCGACGGCGGCGCCGUACGUCAAGCUCAACUGGGCCAAGGUCGAAAACCUCGGGACGCAGCUCACGACCAUCGCGAGCAACUUGAUCUUUGCCGUCGUGCUGGCGGCCAUGGGCAAGUGGGGUCUCGAGUGGAACUGGCGCUGGGUCAUCGUGCUCACAACGCUCAGCAUGAACGUGAUCGACGCGGCCGUCCAGUACAUGACCAUCUACGACGUCGUGCGCAACCAGUGGUUCUACUUGGGGGUGCCCGUCGCCGAGCAACUCCCGUACGCCAUGCAGUUUAUCGUGACGACGUUUGUCAUUGUCGAGCUGGCCGAAGUCGGCAACGAAGGCAUCACGUACGGGCUGCUCACGACCGUGAGCAACCUCCCGUUGGUGUUUGGCCCGAUCUUGGCCAACGUCAUCUUUGGCGGGUUCCGCGUCGACGAUAAGUUCAUCAAGGCCGACUCGCCUGAAGCGCGGACCCAAGUCGCGUACACGUACUUGAUCUACUACUCGACGACCGUGUUUGCGUGCGUGUGGGUGUUUUUGAUGCCAGCGCAGAAGGCUCACGUCCACGAACUCAAGGUCACGGGCGGCAAGAACCCGCUCAUCGGUGGCCUCGUCCUGUUUGGAUGCACAGCCGCGAUGAUGUGGUCCGUUGUGGUCGGCAUCUUGGGCGUAUUCGAGUCGACCAACUGCCUGGUCAUUGCCGGUGGCCAGGGGUGCAACAAAAUGAUGGCCACGGCGGGCGGCGGCAGUAUUUUAACCGGUUAACGUAUUCUGUCUUAUCUUGGAGGACCUGCUUGCGUGUGGGGUCGGUGCAUGCCAUCAUCUCCGCCUUCUCUGGAUAAAGAGUCACGGCGGAUCCUGCCAUGGCUGGACGAAGCUGCGAAGCAUACUGGUGGACGUGAUGACGUUGCAAGGACGUUGACACUACGAUGGAGCAUAGCACCAGGAUAUUCGCCACCGCCAUGUUGUUCGGAUGGACCGCCUCGUCCGCUUUGGCUUUCAGGACGACCGACGGCCGCGACUCGCAACAGCCACGACGACGACGCAGAAAGGGCCAGGGUAGGCAUGCUGGCUUGAGCUGUCGCCCACCUCCGCUUCGUCUACUCCUGAGUCCACUAAUAAGGAGCGCAUGCACAGCAGCGUCCGUGUGCUUUGUCGGAAUGGGCGAGGCAUGUACAAGCACCGCGACGUCAUGGAAGCGACUGGUGCA